AUGUCGCCAGUCAGUAGCAUAACAGGCAAAACUCCAAUGUACUUUCUGCCCCACCACUGUGUGCUAAAAGAAGACAGCACAACCACAAAGUUGCGAGUGGUGUUCGAUGGUUCGGCAUCUUCUACUGGAUAUUCCUUAAACGAUAUUCUCAUGGCAGGGCCAACGAUACAGGCAAAAUUGUUCGACACAUUAAUACGUUUUCGUUCGUUUAGGAUUGCGCUCACAAGCGACAUAUGCAAGAUGUAUCGCUGCGUACGCGUUCCAGAUCCCGAUGCAUAUUUGCAGUGCAUACUGUGGAGAGAUUCCCCAGAAGAUGAGAUUAAAAUCUACAAAUUAGAUACAGUCACGUAUGGUACGAAACCAGCUUCUUUCUUGGCCAUUCGAGCGAUGCACCAGCUUGCAAUCGACGAACAGUGCAAUUACCCUAUAGGUGCUAUAAUCGUUCGUAGGGACUUUUAUGUUGACGAUAUGAUUUCUGGUGGCAACUCUGUCGAAGAGGUACUCGAAAUUAAGAGUCAGACCUGUGACCUAUUGGCCAAAGAACUGCAAGUUUGUGAAUUCAUUCCCGAAAAUGCAGCGUAUAUAUGCCUACGUCAACCGAUUUGCAAGAGCCAUAGGGUGCAAGGAUGA